AUGAAGGAGCGUCAGCGGUGGCGGCCUGAGGAAGACGCCGUCCUCCGCUCGUACGUCCGGCAGUAUGGCCCCCGGGAGUGGAACCUGGUGGCGCAGCGGAUGAACGUGGCCCUGGACCGCGACGCCAAGUCCUGCCUGGAGCGCUGGAAGAACUACCUCCGCCCCGGGAUCAAGAAGGGCUCCCUCACCGACGACGAGCAGCGCCUCGUCAUCCGCCUCCAGGCCAAGCACGGCAACAAGUGGAAGAAGAUCGCCGCCGAGGUGCCGGGGCGCACCGCCAAGCGGCUCGGCAAGUGGUGGGAGGUGUUCAAGGAGAAGCAGCAGCGGGAGAUCAGGGACAGCCGCCGCCCCAACCCGGAGCCCAGCCCCGACGAGAGGGGACGGUACGAGUGGCUGCUCGAGAACUUCGCUGAGAAGCUCGUCAAGGAGAGGCAACAACUAGUGGGAGUGGGCGGUGACCACCACCUCAUGGCCGCGCCCAUGCUGCCGCCAUGGAUGUCGUCCGCCAACGGCGGCGCGGCAGUCGCUCCGGCCCCGCCGACGCCCUCGCCGUCCGUCACGCUCAGCCUCGCGUCCGCGGUCGCCGCGCCUCCGGCUCCCGCCGCGCCGUGGAUGCAGCAGCAGCAGCAGAUGAUGGAGGACGGCGGCGCGGCGUUCGGGUACGGUAGGCCGCCGCCGCCUUCCACGGCCAUGAUGGCGGAAGCUCCUCCCCCUCCUCUGGCGGAGCUGGCCGAGUGCUGCCGGGAGCUGGACGAGGGGCACCGCGCGUGGGCGGCGCACCGGAAGGAGGCGGCGUGGCGGCUCAAGCGCGUGGAGCUGCAGCUGGAGUCGGAGCGCGCGUGCCGGCGCCGGGAGGCCGCGGAGGAGUUCGAGGCCAAGAUGCGAGCACUGUGGGAGGAGCAGGCGGCCGCCGCGGAGCGCCUGGAGGCCGAGUACCGGGACAAGGUGGCCGGGCUCCGGCGCGACGCCGAGCUCAAGGAGCAGAAGAUGGCCGAGCAGUGGGCGGCCAAGCACGCUCGCCUCACCAAGUUCCUCGAGCAGGUCGGCUCCUCCUGCCGCCGCUGGUCUCCCGGUGACAUGAACGGCCGGUGA